AUGUCGUCGCCCCUCCUUGUCGGCAUAUCGGGCCCUUCAUCCUCCGGCAAGACAACUCUAUCCCGACUGCUGCGAGACGUCUUCCCUCCCUCCAAGCUCUUCAUCCUGCACCUCGACGACUUCUACCUGACCGACGCCCAAAUCCCACUCAAGAACGGCGUCCAGGACUGGGACUGCAUCGAGUCGCUCAAUCUGCCCCAGCUCAAGCAAGCCCUGGGCCACAUCAAGGAGCACGGCAAGAGUCCAGAAUGGCUGGUUAGCCAGGAGGACCAGAACAGCGUGGGCGAGCAUGGUGUGCCGCCAGCCGAGAUUGACAGAUUGAGGGGCCAUGUCGCCAAGUUGCUCGAAGACAAGCCCGACUGGCAUGGAAAGCGCCUAUGCAUUGUGGAUGGCUUCCUCCUAUUUUCCGAGGACAUGAAAGACAUACGCUCCAUGUUUGACGUGCGGCUAUUUCUCCGCACCAGCUACCAGACGGCAAAGCGGCGGCGCGAGGCCCGCAGUGGAUAUGUAACGCUCGAGGGUUUCUGGCAAGACCCUCCAGGCUAUGUAGACCAGAUUGUGUGGCCCAACUACGUCCAGGACCACAAGUUUCUGUUCAAGAAUGGCGACGUGGAUGGAGAGCUCGACGGCCAUGUCUGCAAAAGCGCCGGCAUCCAUGGAAUGCCCAGGGAAGCCGAGGAGAACAUGACAAAGUGCCUGAGCUGGGCUGUUGGAGUCUUGGAACACGUACUCGACAGGCCGUGAAGCGGUGGGCAACAACCCAAACAUGGCUCACAAUCAAAUCUUGUAUUAAUAAGCUAGAAUCUGCCUUGAUGGCAUCGCCAAGACAGCAAUCCC